GUUUCGUUCAGACCUCGUCGACGAUGGCACUGUCCUCCAUUUACCGCAACGGUGCACGCAGCCUCGGCCUUCAACGGUCGUCAGCAGCGCGUCUCUUCUCGUCGUCUGCGGUCGCCAGGAAACCCGACAACACCAAACCUCCAAGACCUAUCGACGACUCAACCUCUGCUCUGGAAUACAAGAAAUUCCAACGACACAGACCACCUCCUCUACCUUCCGUAGAAAUUCCCUCCAGAAGUGCAGAAGAGGCAGUCACCAACAUCCUCUAUAACACUCCCCCUCCUAACCAACAGCCCUUCAAGAAGCACAUCCUCAACUGUCUCGUACAGAACGAGCCAGGUGUCCUCUCUCGCGUGUCAGGGAUUCUUGCAGGUCGUGGCUUCAACAUUGACUCGCUGGUCGUAUGCCGUACCGAAAUCCGCGACCUCUCCCGCAUGUGCAUCGUACUCAGCGGUCAGGACGCUGUCAUUGAACAAGCCAGGAGGCAGCUCGAAGACUUGGUACCUGUUUGGGCAGUACUCGACUACACCGACAACAGUCUCGUCUCUCGCGAGCUCCUCCUCGCAAAGGUCUCCAUCCUCGGACCCGAAUACCUCGACCAGCAAUAUGCAGGUGGCCCCUUCCACGAACCCCAAGCCGCUGACCCCAAACUCGAACGCGAGACCCAAAUUGCCCAAAACUUUGAACGCGGUGCCCAAGGCGAGCUCGAACCGGCUCUUACUCCCUCCCAGGCCCUCCGUCUCAAACACCAGCACUUGCACUCGAUCAACGUCUUGGCGACUCAGUUUGGAGCGAAGAUUGUGGACGUGAGCGAGCACAGCGUGAUCGUGGAAUAUACGGCGAAGACGUCGAGAGUGGAGGCAUUCCUGAACUUGUUGAAGCCGUUUGGUAUUUUGGAGGCUGCCAGAACCGGUACGAUGGCCAUGCCCAGAACACCCAUCCGCUCCGACGAGGACGACGGACCCGCGGAGGACGAAGGCGGAGCCGUCGAUGCCUCCCUCCUUCCUCCCGGCUAAACCUUUAGGACGGUUUCCGCGAGAUACAUCUAUCCUCUUAUCUCUAGACUUCUCUGC